AUGUUUCAUCAAGUCAAGUCAUCCUCUCCUUUCAUCAUUUCACGACAACAUCAUGGUAGUACUGUUCACAAGCAGUUUCUAUUAUGUCAAUACUUGAAUCAUUUAAAUACUCUCAUUCAAUAUUGUUCUACCAUUCGUGGUGACGUUGAUCAUUCUUUGAUGCUCUCAUCAUCAUCAAAACAACAACAUGACACAAUGACUUCAUCAUCACAACAACAACAACAACAACACACUGAACCAAUUCUUCUCCGUGUGUAUAUUGAAUCAUCCAAUCACUUGGUCAACUGGAGUGGAGAUUUUGAAAGUAUUGAUUCUCAUUUGAAUAUUGAAUUGAGAAAUGUUCGAACAUUGAAUUCAUCAUCAAAUUCAUUCAAUAAUAAUAUAAAAAGAAGACCCAAUAAUGUCUCUUCAUUGGAUCGAAUGGCCACCUUCAGCACAUCAUCAACUACUGAAUUCUCUCAUUUGAGAUUGAGUGGAAAAUUCAUCAAAUACAUUGCAGUGAUGAAUAUUGAAGAAAUUAUUUCACAUCUCAAUACACAUAGCAUGUUUGAAUCGAUCAUGGUCAAUAAUGGUAGCCAUGUGGAAUGUUGUCAAGUGAGACAUGUUUUCAAUAGAAAGCAACAACUACAAAAUUACUACUCAGCUCAAUCCAAACGAAAAAAGAGAAGUGCUUCUCAAAGGCCAUCAAGGAAAGUGAUUGAGUCGGACCUGCCCAUCGUUCGAGAUUUUUAG